AUGCAUAUCAAAGCAGCCCAAAGAAAGGCAACGUCAGAAGAGAAACCUGGAGGCUUCAUCCACAUGCUGUUCCGCAUGUCCACAAAUGAACUAAUUCAAAAGCUGUUCUCACCCAGCACACUUGACCUAUCCGUUCCCAAAGGUGGAUGCCAGAGACCUGACUCUGAUGACAUUUCAAGGUUCAGUGCUUCCUGGGUGCUCCCAGGCAGAAGUGCCACACUUCUGCUGGGGCAGGCCGUUCUACAGGAUGGGGAGCAAGAGUCUGAACAGCUUGACAGCAGUGGCAUGUUUCACUGGUGCAAAACCACCCCUUUGGACAAAGUGAUCUUGAAACGAACUGACAAGUCGAAACAUGAGUUUAGGAACCACAUCGUAGCGUGUGUAUUUGGAGAUGCCCACUCAACCCUGAUGGGACUUCGGAACUUUGUGAUGCCCUUGAGAACUAGCAACUACACCCGGAAGGAGCUGAAGGACAUUGUGUUCAUUGGGUCUCUGGAUUACCUGCAGAAAGAAUGGCGAUUUCUCCGAAAUUUUCCCCAGAUAUACGUUCUACCUGGUUCUGCGUUCUAUUCUGGAGACCUGCAUGCAGUCAACAUAGAGGAAUGCUCCAUGUGUGCUAUCUUGUCCCCCCAAUCCCAGCCGUCAAGCAGCCAGACCCUGGUGGACACAGAGACCAUCAUGGCCACCCUCAACAUCGGAUCACUGCGGAUUAGACCUUCCACGCCAGAGGGGACUUCAAGUUAUGCAGGUGGAAAAUCAAAAUACCGAAGAGUCCCCAUCCUCACUGAACUGAAAAACCCUUACAACAUCCACUUUAUUGAACCGCUCGGUGGACUGGAAGGGUCCCUCACAGGAACAAACCUGCACCUCAGCACUUCCUUUUCCACAGGCACUGUCUUUUCCGGCAGCUUCUUGGAUUCCCUCCUGGCCACGGCCUUCUACAAUUACCAUGUCCUGGAAUUACUUCAGAUGCUGGUGACAGGAGGGUCAAGUUCUCAGCUGGAACAGCAUUUGGAUAAGAAGUUCUGUGGGACGGCCGACAGCUGUAGCACAUUCUUGUCCGGAAGAACACGGUGUAAGCUGGGGCUUCUGGACUUAAACCAAACCAUCCUAUCAGACAUCAAACCAAGAGAUACCUUUGGACAACUCUUCUGUGGCUCGUUGAAUAAAUUCGGGAUCCUGUGUGUCGGCUUAUACCGCAUGAUAGACGAAGAGAAGUUCAACCCAGAGCACAGAAGGGGAGUAUGCCAGUUCGUGAUCACCCGGCCAGCCAACGAGUGCAAGCUGCUGCCCUCGGAUCUCGUGUUUUGUGCCAUCCCCUUCAGGACUGUUUGUUACAAAAGGGGUGAAGUUCCUCCAUCCAAAGCUCCCUAUGAAAUUAUAAAUACAGUGCCACUGACGCCAGAGACACAGGCGGACCCAACAACGCUGAGUCAGAGUGGCCCCAUCAAUGUCAAAACAUCCCAGACACAUCUAAAUAAAAAUGUGGAAGAAAAUGGAAAGGAAAACUUAAAGGAAAUGACAGAGGAGGAUGCCUCUGCGUAUUCAAAGCUGAACUAG